UUAAUUUGGUGCGCUGUGGGAAGCAAUGGUCCUGUUUUGAAUAAGAAGAGCGCGCUGUGCAAUUUAGCUUUACCGAGUACUGCAAGCGGAAUUGCAUCCAAGUUGCGACCGUUGAUUUAUUUAAUGUGUGUCUGAUUUAUCAGGACGCUUCGUUCCUGUGGUUUAGCGGUCCCGUGUCGUGUAUGUUUGUUGGGACAGGUGUGUUUCAUGCACAUACCGCUAUGUGCGCCAACAUAGUGAUAAUUAUCAACGGACAAGGUCGUAAUGUCAACUGCCCGAUCUCCGCAUCUGAUAGGUUAUUUCGGUAAUUGUUACUUUGAGACCAAAUGUUGGUUGACGAUGGUCAAUUAAUUAUCAAAACAAAAGCACGCAAUUGGCAAGCGGUUUGUGUUUAAACAUAGACUACACACUACCCUAUAUGUAUUUAUUGCAUGCAUGCAGUCCCCGGUUUAGAUUGGUUGGCAUUCUUUAGAGUUAAACUUUAAAGCAGGCAUAACUUUCUGCUUGCAAGCUUAAUUAAGCUGCUUAUUUUUAUAGCACAAGUGCAAAAAAAAGGAUAUAAACUUGACAAGCUGUGACACUGGUAGUUCGGGCUGCUGUCUCUUGAUAUAAAACAUAUGAUUGCAUGCAAGUAUCUGUUGUGAAGGAAAGUGAGAGGUACAGCAUAGGGGUGGUGAUAAAACGCCCAUUGCACAGCAGUUUCACCCAUUCCAGAUUUUAACAUGUGCUUGAUUAGCUCCAGAGUGUCAAUAAGCUCAGGUGUGGCUUAUAAAGCCAGGAAUGGAUCAAACUGCUGUGCAACGGGAGUCUUAUUUCCAUCCUUGCAGCAGGUGUAGAUGGGUUUUAGUUCUUGCAUUGAAAUCCAGCAAGAGCAGAUAAACAUAUUGGUGUUACCGUUAAGUGUCUACCGCCUAGCUUAAAAAGAAAAAGAAAAGAGGAUGACGAAGCUGUCAUUUAGAAUUUGUCUCCUCCUGCUGGCGGAGCUCUGGGCAUGCUGCUGGGGUGAAAGGUUGAAGCUGACCAGUUACCCCAUCUUCUCUCAAAAGCCCUUUGCCUUGGUCUGGAAUGCGCCCACUGAGGACUGCAGACCGCGGUACGGGGUGACGCUCAAUUUAAAACAGUUCCAGGUCACGGCCUCACCCAACGAGGGCUUCGUGGGGCAGAAGCUCACCAUCUUCUACAAGGACCGCUUGGGACUUUACCCCUAUCACACCGAGAAAGGGCAGCCUGUCAACGGGGGGAUACCCCAGCUCGCCCACCUCGGAGAACACCUGGCAAAGAUGCCAGAAGGGAUGGACAAAUACAUCCGAGAUUCCCAGUCCAGCGGCCUGGCUGUGAUCGACUGGGAGGAGUGGAGGCCCCUGUGGAUCCGCAACUGGGACACCAAGGACGUUUACCGCAACAUCUCGCGCUCCAUGAUCGCCCAGAAGAACCCGGGCUGGACCAAGGAACAGCUGAACAAGAUGGCCCAAGUAGAGUUCGAAGCCUCUGCCAAGGAGUUCAUGCUGCAGACCCUGAGGAUGGCCAAGAGCCUGAGGCCCAACCAGCUCUGGGGCUACUAUCUCUUCCCGGACUGCUACAACCACGACUACAAGAACAGCCUGAAGGACUACACUGGCCGCUGCCCCGACGUGGAGAUCAGCCGCAACGACCAGCUGGACUGGCUGUGGGAGGAGAGCACAGCCCUCUACCCCUCCAUCUACAUGGGCACUGUGCUGCGCUCCAGCGAGUCCGGGCGCCAGUUUGUGCGCAACAGGGUCAAGGAGGCCAUAAGGCUGGCAUCUGUCGGGGAGGGGCUGGCACGGCCGGUCUUCGUUUACACACGGCCCACCUACUCUAACGGGCUGGAGCUGCUCUCUCAGAUGGACCUGGUCUAUACCAUUGGGGAGAGUGCAGCUCUGGGAGCUGCUGGACUUAUCUUUUGGGGAGAUGCAACUCAUGCCAGCAGCUCUGCUAGCUGCGGGGUGCUGCGGGACACCUUGCAGGGGACGCUGGGGAGCUACCUGCUCAACGUGUCGAUGGCGGCGCAGCUCUGCAGCAGCUCACGGUGCAGCCUGAACGGGCGCUGCGUGCGGCUCAACCCCAACACCAACACCUACCUGCACCUGAACGCCCGCAGCUUCCAGAUCACACAGGAGGAGGGCAGCCUGAAGGUGAAGGGGGAGCUGAGCUCCGCUGACAAGGACGACUUCCGGAGGGACUUCAUCUGCCAGUGCUACAGCGGCUACAGCGGGGACUCCUGCGUGGUUCAGGAGGCUGGGGCACGGAGGGGUGCUGCCCUCUGUAUGACACCCUCUAUCGCCGCCCUGCUGGCAGUGUUGGCUCUGCAGGUUCUCCUCUAGUAGUGCUAUGAAACAAGAACAGCAGCAUCUCAAGGACAAAUUAAACUCUCUAGAGACUCCAAACCAGCAUUCCUAAUCCUGGAAUAGCUUUCCCAAAGGAUAAAUUAAUUUGUAGCUAUUACCAAUGUGUCCAGGGAUAACCAAAACAGUAAAUAAACCAAAAUCAUGACGGAAAAUCUGAUCUUUUGGAGAAGGUUAGUCAACCUAUGAGAGUUAUCCAAAGAAUAAAUAGCAAUUAUUAAUUAUGAUUGCAUUCUUCCAAAGACUUUGAUGGACCACAGCCUUCACCCUGAAGCGCAGCGUGAAGUAUCCAAAGAUUGUUUCUUGUUCCACAUUGUUUUCCAGGGUUUAUAGGACUCUAGUCUCUAUACCUCAACUCGGUGCCACCAGUACGUGACACACUUUACCUUUAUUCAAGAGCUGUUUUUCUUGCAGGCAGUGUAAACUCACUUACAGUAUUUGCUAUCUGUCCCGAAAUUAAAAUCAGGCUGCAAGCAGAAAAAAAGAAAGAAGUGGUGAAGUUUGUAAACACAGCUGAAUUCUUUUAACUUUGCUCAUAUGUUCAGAUACACACAAAAAAGUGAAAUCCAAAUGCUUUUAAUAUAUUUGCUUUAAAAACUAAAAACAAAAGGAUAUAACAUUGAAGGGGGGUGUAUCUGGAAAUUAGUUAAACCACAGCUUGUUUAUUUAAAAAAAACAGGGCAAAAGAGAGUUUGUGAAGGUUCUUUGUAAAGACAAGUUAAUCUCUGGACAUAAACCAAAGACAAAUGUCAGUCCGUAUCUCAAGGCUAAUUUGGACCCUCCCCCAUUCUGCAUUCCUCUGUUUAUUGUCUUUGAUACAAGACUGCAAGCACAUUCCACCUCCACAGGUCCACAUUGAAAGGGUGUGUCUGUUUUUUAACAAGUGCCUCUCUCUCUCUCUCUCUCUCUCUCUCUCUCUCUCUCUCUCUCCUUCUGUGCUAGCUUUAAAAUUAUUUACAAGGACAAAAAAAAAAAAAAACAGAAACUGGAAAACACAAUUGUGUAAUAAAACCUCAGCUUGUAAAAGAAGACGCUCACCCCUUUCUGGUUUGCUUAACAUUUACGAAACCUCCACGGCUGUCUUUGUAAGCUGGUUAGUGGCAUUGUGUUUUCACAGGCUGGCUGAAUCACCUUUGGGUGUGUGUUCUAAAGACAUGCAGAGGCUGUUUCAAACACAGGUAGAUGGCCACUGACCAUUAAAGAACCUUUUUACAUUUUUGUUAACUUUUGACUUUUGUUUCAUUAUCUCCUGAUGUCAAGCAAUGUAAUUCUUGAUGUAUGAGUGCAAUCAUGUAUAAAGCAAAGCAAACUGGAUUUUUAUUGUUUUUUUUUUGCCAACUAGAAUGAUCUGCAAAUGUAACCUGAUCUAAAUUAUUGUUUAAAUGUCAGGUGUUCUUAUGAACAUGUUGUAUUUGUAUUGUUUUGAAUACAGUGUUUAAAUAUGUUUUCAGUGAUGCUGAACAGCUAACUUUGUUAUGAUGGUUUGUUGUUUCCCAAGGACUGCUAAAGCAACGGAAAUUUCUUCCAUGGGAGGAAAAAAACAAACAAAAAAAGCAACAUAUAAUAUUGUUCAUAUUUGAGCUAAUCUGUGUGAUGAAUAUAUAACCCUGUAUUGCUGCAAGCUGACGCAGGAGCGUGUCUUUUUGGCUCACACAGUUUUGUAUAUUUCAUCAUGACUGUGGCACAUUGCUGCUUUAAGGUUACUGGGCACGAUGUUGUAGCUUUAAACAAAACAAACCCAAAUCAUUUACAGCCCGGAGCAAUGGCUCGAUCCCUGAGCAUAAUGAGUCAUCACAUAAACCUGCAUUAAAAUGAGAGCCAAUACUAA